CUGGAUCGGCAACCCCAACCUCAACAUCCAGGGCUAGAACGGGACAACAAUGGGAGUCUCCUGGUUCAGAUGCCUCGUCCUUUCAUUUAUCCUCAUGUGUGGCCUGCUCCCAGAAGUCCCGGCAGAUGCUGAAGAAGCCUCAGACGGUCUCAGCACUACCCAGGAAGCCAUAUGGCUCACAGACAUCCCGGCUACCGAGGAACUCACCAAGACUGCCGAGGUGGCCAUCAUAGGCUUCUUCCAGGAUUUAGAGAUACCAAUAGUGUCCACAUUCCGCAGCAUGGCACAGCAGUUCCGAGACAUAGCGUUUGCAAUCAGCAACAGUUCUGAGGUUCUGACCCACUACAACAUCACCGGAAACAGCAUCUGCCUCUUCCGACAGGUUGAUAAGGAACAACUGCAUUUGGAUGAUAAAGACAUUGAAAGCUUAGAUGCCUCCAAGCUGAGCCGUUUCAUUCAGAUGCACAGCCUCCGCUGGGUCACAGAGUACAGCCCUCUGAUUGCAACUGGCUUAUUUAACACCAGGGUUCAAACUCACCUUCUCCUGAUGAUGAACAAGGCUUCCCCGGAAUAUGAAGAGAGCAUGCAGAGAUACCGGGAAGCAGCUAAGCUCUUCCAGGGACAGAUCCUCUUUGUUCUGGUGGACAGCGGCAGAGGGGAAAACCGAAAGGUGAUAUCCUACUUCCAACUAAAGGAGUCUCAGCUGCCGGCUUUGGCCAUUUACGAAAGUGUGGAUGACAAGUGGGACACUCUGCCCAUCACAGAAGUUACAGUGGAGAAAGUCCAAGGCUUCUGCGAUGGCUUCCUAAAGGGGACCUUGCUGAGAGAUCACAAUGGGGAAGAAGACACGGAUGCGGGGAAGGAGGAGCUCUGAGCUCUCCCUGGUACUUCCGCUCACUGCGAUGGAUGCCUUUCUGUGCUGAAUAAAAAGGGGCCGUUGGAAUCUCCCUACCAGUUAACACCCGGUGUUCCAACAAGGGCUGGGAGGGCAGCUGCUCCCUUUGUGUCUGAGCGUCUCCCUUUCUUGUCCCCUUAGUUUUAAACAUCCCGUCCUCUCCUUCACACCGCCUAGUUUCUUACUGUGAGCGGGUCCUGAGGAGAGAGAGGCCUGGGAGACUCCAUGAAGGAGAGCGUUCCUAGAGAGAGGCUGUUCUGGUGUGUCACUGACACUGCUCCGGUACCCUGCACACGGCUUAUACCGCAGUUCCUUUUCCUUUGGGGUCAUCCAGGGACAGAAGCCUCACCCUCCUUCUCUGACUUGGGGCCAGGAACAAAAACAUGUUUGGGGCUUUAUUUUUCCCUCCAAAAGUUAAA